AUUUUAUUUAUGUUUAGAUUAAACAAGUUAAUUAAAAGCUUUGGUAGUAUUUAAAACCUCACCAAUUGGGAAAAUGAUGUUGUUAAAGCUAGUAAACCAGUCCUUGUUGACUUUUAUGCAACGUAAUUAAUUGUUUAAUGAAUUAUAGUUGGUGUGGACCAUGCAAAAGAUUAACUCCUAUAUUAGAGCAAAAAGUUAAAGAACAUCCAAAUGUAACACUUAUUAAAAUUGAUAUCGAUCAACAUGAAUAAUUAGCAAAUCAAAACAAUAUUGAAGUUGUACCAACUGUUAUGCUUUUUUAAAAUGGAAAGAAAGUCAAUAAUUUUACAGGAAUGCUAUCUCCAGAUAAUCUAAAUAAAUUCUUUGAUUAAAUUCCAAAAUAAUGAAUAUUAUCAAUAAUAUAUAAUCAAAUAAUCCAAUUUGAC